UUCCUCGUUUCGGCAUGCUUUGCAGGCUUGCCGGGUGAACUGUGUGCAGUAAAAUCACAGCGGACGAGUUUAACCUUCUAAUUUUGUAUUAGAUAUAUGUAAACAUUAUAGACGGAAAAAAUGAAAGUAGUCGCGUUGAUAAGUGGUGGCAAAGACAGCUGUUACAACAUGAUGCAGUGUGUUGCUGCUGGGCAUAGGAUCGUGGCUCUUGCCAACCUACGGCCCAAAGGGAAUACAGAUGAAUUAGACAGUUACAUGUUCCAGACUGUGGGCCAUCAAGCCAUUGAUCUGUAUGCUGAAGCUAUGGAUCUCCCCCUGUACCGACGCACUAUCGAGGGGUCUAGCCUUGACACUGGGAGGGAGUACAACCAGAGAGACGGCGAUGAAGUGGAAGACCUCUACCACCUUCUCAAGCUGGUGAAGGAAAAGGAAGGAGUUGAAGCCGUGUCCGUCGGAGCCAUUCUGUCAGACUACCAACGAGUCCGGGUGGAAAAUGUGUGCACCCGGCUCCGGCUCCAGCCCCUGGCCUACCUGUGGCGCCGGGACCAGGAGGCGCUCCUGGGAGAGAUGAUAUCAUGUGACCUCCACGCCCUCAUCAUCAAAGUGGCGGCUUUCGGUCUGGAUCCUGAGAAACAUUUGGGGAGGUCUCUGGGGGAGAUGGAGUCCUAUCUCAAACAGCUUUCUCAGAAGUAUGGAGUCCACAUUUGUGGCGAAGGGGGAGAAUAUGAGACAUUUACCUUGGAUUGUCCUCUGUUUAAGAAGAAGAUCGUAAUAGACUCCAUGGAAACAGUGAUCCAUUCAGCAGAUGCGUUUGCUCCUGUUGGAUAUCUGCGGUUCUCGAAGAUGCAUCUAGAAGAGAAGAUGAACAGCUCUCCUCUGCCCCUCGAUAGCUGUCCUUGCCUGCGAUCCAUUGACAAGCUGACUGAAGAGCAAGUGUAUGCUGAUGAGCCUGGCACACAGGGGGAAGCUACAUCACAUCCUGACCUUAUGUGUCACAGGGACUGUGUCACAGAAGAGAUCCUCACUACGUGUUCAGCCAGAACAGCACUGGGGUAUCAGUGGCUCUGUGGCAUCUCUGGGCCUCAGUGUGACCAACCAGACAUCCAGAACCAAACGAGGCAAGCGUUUGCAUCGCUGCAAGCUGAAGUGCAGAAGAUGGGUUUGGAGUUGAAGCACAUCGUCCUGGUUCAUCUGUACGUGCAGAGCAUGGAGAGCUUCAGUGCGGUGAACUCAGUGUACCAGUCCUACUUCGGGUCGAAUCCCCCUGCCAGGGUGUGUGUGGAGGUGCCCUUACCCAGGGGGCUGCUGCUUCAGAUGGACUGUCUCCUCCACGACUGGAUCGAAACCGCUCCGGAUGACACCCCUCAGCACAAGCAGGCCAUGCACGUCCAAAGCCUGUCCCACUGGGCCCCGGCCAACAUCGGCCCCUACAGCCAGGCCAUCCAGGUGGACGAGGCGGUGUUCUGCGCGGGACAGAUCGCCCUGGUCCCCUGCACCAUGGAGCUGGCGGGGGGCGGGGCGCUGAGGCAGGCCUCCCUGUCCUUCGCCCACGCGGAGCGGGUCCUGGCGGCCACGCGCGGGGGCCUCGCCCUGGGGCACGCGCUGCAGGCCCACUGCUACGUCACCCGCCGCCGCCACGUCCCCCUCGUCCGGCGCGCCUGGCGGAGGAAGCUGGAGAAGGAGGAGGAGGAGGAGGAGGAGCUACGUGCCCGGGAGGCUCAGUGUGGCCCUCUAGUGGUCGUUGUGGUGCCGCGCCUGCCCAGGGGUGCGGCGGUGGAGCUGCACGUCAUCGCUUCCCAGGACGACCCGAGGCAGAGGUGUUCCUUCCGCGCGACCACGGAGGUGCCGUCCGGUGCCAUCGAGUGCCAGGCCCUGCAGUCCAGCACCCGCCAGUGUGCCACCCUGUCCCUCUCCCUGACCCUGCGCCCCCCGGGCCCCGGGACCACCCAGGAGGAGGGGCUACUGCAGGCGCUACGCGACGCCUUUUGGGACGCUCUGCGCGAAGUUGGCCACACCCUCUCCCCCCUGUGUGCCAGAACCUUCUAUAAGCACGACAGCGCCCUGGCCAGACAGCUUGCGGCAGGCCUGACAGAGUGUUUGAAGGACACGCCUGACCAGAGAGGGCCGGCUGUGGCGCUCGUUCCGGUCCUGGACCUCCCUGACUCCCGGAUCCUGCACCUGUCCUGCUGGCUCAGUGUGUGAGGGGGAAACUGACCCUCACAGGUCACAAACACACCUGUGUGUGUGUGACUGGGACACGUCCAUGAUCUGAGCCUUCAGCCUACACAGGGAUCAGAGCAAUGUUCUGGAGCAAGUUACGUGUGUGUGUGUGUCUGCGUGUCUGAUCAUGGGCGUGGCCGGUCAUGCGUGCGUGUAUGUACG